UACCUGCUCUGUCGGAAUAGCAAGAACAUUUGAAUCUAUCCGUUAUUUUAUCCAUCCAAACAAAUAUUUUUUUUUCUCACAAAAGCAAGGAUAUUUUUUUGUUGUUGAUUGUUUUCACCUCUCUUAUAUUCAUUGCAUAAAGUUGUAGAUUAUUGAAACGUUAGUAACGUUUUGAAUGCCAAUAUUAUAUUAUUAAACAUACCUGGAAUUACAUGAAUGCGUUGCCGAAUCGUCAUUUGGAUAAAAAUGAGACUUGAAGGGAUUUUGGCUGUAACGAAAUGAAGAAUCUUGAUAUCUUCGGUUUGAAGGAUUGCAAGUGAGGGUCCCUCCUAUUGAAGAUGGCUCCCAGUGUGUGUGGUGUGUCUCUGGCUGUGGCGGUGGUGUUAGUGACCCUGGUGUCUCCUGGUGGUGCCUGCCCUCGGCCCUGCUCCUGCUACCAGCCCACUGAACUACACUGCACCUUCAGGUCCCUGCUCACCAUACCACAGCUUCUACCGCAACAUACACUACACAUCAACCUAGGGUUCAACAGUAUCAGCAGGAUCCCAGACAGCUCAUUAGCUGGUCUGAGGAGGCUGGAGCAGCUGAUGCUUCAUGGGAAUGACAUCCGUGAGAUUCCUGACCGAGCGUUCCAAGAUCUGUCCUCACUUCAGGUCCUGAAGCUAAGUUAUAACAAGCUGAGGGAGAUCUCAGCAGAGAGCUUCUCAGGCCUGUCCUCACUACUGCGCCUCCACCUGGAUCACAACCAGCUGCAGUUCCUGCACCCCCAGGCCCUGCUCCGCCUCCCCAACCUCAGACUGAUCCGACUGCAGGGGAACAAGCUCCACCAGCUGCACCCGCAGGCCUUCUGCACUCUGUCCCUACUGCAGACAUUCUGCUACUCCACCCUCAGGCAUCUGGAUGUGUCCAACAACAGUCUAACUAUCCUGCCUAGGGACACACUGAGGACUGCCCCUCUUCUGGAGUCCCUGGCUCUGCAGGCCAACCCUUGGACCUGCGAUUGCAGCAUGGCUUGGAUGCAGGCCUGGAGCAUCUCUCACCCAGGGGUGUUGAAAUGUCCGGGGCCGCAUUGCCUGGUCUGUGCCUCACCCAAACACAUGAAGGGUCAUGGCCUUUUGCAGCAGAAAGACCUAUCCUGCACCUUGCCUGUCAUCUCCACCAAUCCUAGAACCUCAUCUCAGGAGGAUGGCGAAGUUCAACCAAUAGAAACCUUUAGAGAGGCUUUAGGCAACGCCUCCCUGGGGAUGUCUGACCAACAGGGGAAUGCUGUUGAUCUGAAGUGUAACAUCACACACUCCUCACAGACUCCUGACAUUACCCCACCACACCUUUCCUCCUCCUCCAUCCCCAUCUCCCUCUCCCUGGACUGUGGGGUGGAUGGGCAUGGCUAUGAGAGGCUGUGGAGGCUGCUGGCCUACUACAGUGAGACGCCUGUCAGGCUUCAAAGAGAAAUAAUGUUGAGUAAAGCCCCAAGACUUGCCUACAGGUACAGACAGACAGCAGAGAAGGAGGGCUACUACCAUACAGGGGUCAAGGCCAGUAUUCAAGCCCAGCCUGCCUGGUUACUGCAGCCCCAUGUCAGUCUAGAGCUCAACAGAGCUCAGUCCAGCGCCCACAGGGUUAAACUGACCCUGUCCACCCUGGUGUCUGCUCCCCCAGACCCCCCAUCCCCACACUCCUGGGUCCUCAUCCAGACCAACCACACCCACACAGCUUUUACUGCAGCUGCAGAGAGACAGAUCCACCUGCCCUGCCCUGUCCUCAGCUCUAUUGGAGACCUAAGCUCUGGAGACCACAGGCUCCAAUGGGUUUUCCCAGAUGGUUCAACAGUCUCCUCUCCCUACCGCAGCUCAGAUGGUAGGGUCCGGGUGUCUGGCCAGGGGCUGGUCCUGCAGAGAGUGUAUCACUCUGAUGCUGGACUGUACUAUUGCGUGGCCCGGGCGGGGGGAGAUGUUGAUGUCCUCCCCCUCCGUUUGGCGGUGGUAGAAUCAUCCAAUCCUUUCCCAGGGGAGGAGCUAGGCCCGGCUGUGACUGGAUUGGUUGGAGACCCUGUCAGUCUGCCGUGCGAGGCCUCUGGUACACCGAAGGUUGAGGUGAACUGGGUUCUUCCUGGCGGGAGAGUGGUAGGGAGUAGGAACGAGGGGAGGAGAAAGGACGAGGCAGGGGUUACUGUCUUGGCCAACGGUACCCUGUCUCUCCCCAUCCCUGCGCUGGGAGAUGCAGGCCUGUACCGGUGUGUAGCGGUGAACCAGUAUGGUGCUGACUCUCUCUCCACCAGACUGACGCUCACCCCGCGUCCUUCUGACACCUCAUCACGAAUUAGAUAUCCCAUGAGGCCACAAUCUGCGGCCGGGGUGUCCAACAGGGUACGAGCCACUCUAGGGGGUGAGGAGAUUGAAGAGGGGGGGUCAGGAGAUGAUGAGGGGGAGAACAUACUGCCCACUAGGGCAGGUUACAACAGGACAUGGCGUCCCCCCAUCAGAUCCCACAUGGUGAGGGUGGAGGGAAGCAGACCACCCCAAAAGGGCAAGAAGCCCUUGAGGAGAGGCUUCCCUGUGGAGCAGAGGAGGAACAGGUUGGAGGGUCGGCGGAGCUUUAACCUGGCCAAGCACAAAAUAGACCCUCAGAAAUGGGCCGACCUGCUGACUAAGAUACGUGAAAGGACUGCCCCUAAAAUCACAGACUCCCUGUAUGUACCACCCCCAACAAGAGCACAUUCUACCACCUCAGCGCCAACUGAAGCACAGACAACCACCUCAACCCCAACUGAAGCACAGACAACCACCUCAGCCCCAACUGAAGCACAGACAACCACCUCAACCCCAACUGAAGCACAGGCAACCACCUCAACCCCAACUGAAGCACAGACAACCACCUCAACCCCAAUUGAAGCACAGACAACCACCUCAGCCCCAACUGAAGCACAGACAACCACCUCAACCCCAACUGAAGCACAGACAACCACCUCAACCCCAAUUGAAGCACAAACAACCACCUCAAUCCCAACUAGAGCACAGUCAACCAGAAUACAGACAAAUAGCAGACAUACAGAAAGCAAUCACACAACCAGAACAAAUCCAGGCAGCACACAGCCAGAAAGUACACAGCCAGACAGCAGACAUAAAACCAGAAGAAAGCCAGGCUACACACAGCCAAGUAGCACACAGCCAGACAUAAUACAGACAGAGAGAAUACAGACAACUAAAACACAGACAACCAGAAUACAUACAGACACGACAUUACCAAACAGCACACCAGAGGUAAGUGUGGGAAGAAACUCUGAUCAACGUCUUGUAUUGGACUCAGGGGCUGAUACCUCAAAGAGUUCUUCCAUAGAUGUCCUCAGUCUACAGGAAGAGUGGUUAAACCUCAUCCAUACAUCACUAAUCCCAGAUCUGCUAACAAAGGAUAGAGUGGCCCCAGAGACACCAAACACUUCAGAUCCGAGCAAUACCUUCCCCCAGAGCACAAAGCCAACCUCCAAUGUCAAUUGCACUAGCACAGAGGAAAGGAGACAGAGUGUUAUCCCUGUAAGGACUACAGGUGAGGGGGAGAGGACUGGAAGGGGGAGAGGGGGAGAGGACUGGAACAACAAACUCUGGAAAGGUAGAAUGUUCUCCAACUCUGUUCCGUCGCGACCCAGAAGCCCCUGGAAUGCCAGCAAUAGGCCUGGCCAGAGGAGACGCAUCAACAGACCCAGAGGACGACCCAUGCCCCCAGGUCCAACCUCCCCUCUCCAGAAUAACUUAAGUCCCACUACCACCAGAGCAGCACUUACAAAGCCCAGGAAACUGACAGCACCUGCUACAACCAUUACUAUAAGAACUACUACUACUACUACUACUACUACUACUACUACUCCAUCCUUAACUAGGAUCACUGCUCCAUCAAGCACAUCUGUCUCCCCCCCUGUCUUCCUUUCUGCCUCGCCCCCUUCGCCCCAGACAUACACAGACAGGGUGACUCACUUAACAAACACUGCUGCUCGGCUCCCUGACAGGUCCCAAGCGACUAUCACACACACACGCACACACACAGGCAAACAUACACCCACAGUCACUCACAGUCACACAGAAAAACAGAGUUAUGCUAUAACAGAGGGUCAGGUCGGGGCCACUCUAAAAGAACAGGAUCCAUCUGUCUUCAACCAACACAACCCAGAGGAUAUCAAAGCAACUACCACUCAGUCUGGAACCACACCAGGUGGAACAACACCUACUGGUACUGAGAAAGAACCCAGUGAGAUAGAACCACUCUACCCAGAAACCAAGGAAGAACUGAAUGAGAUAGGACCACCAGCAACUGAAAAAGAACCCAGUGAGAUAGAACCACCAGCAACUGAUGAAGAAGAACCCAGUGAGAUAGAUCCACCAGCCACUGAUGAAGAAGAAUCCAGUGAGAUAGAUCCACCAGCCACUGAUGAAGAAGAACCCAGUGAGAUAGAUCCACCAGCCACUGAUGAAGAAGAACCCAGUGAGAUAGAACCACCAGCCACUGAUGAAGAAGAACCCAGUGAGAUAGAACCACCAGCCACUGAUGAAGAAGAACCCAGUGAGAUAGAACCACCAGCAACUGAUGAAGAAGAACCCAGUGAGAUAGAUCCACCAGCCACUGAAAAAGAACCCAGUGAGAUAGAUCCACCAGCCACUGAAAAAGAACCCAGUGAGAUAGAACCACCAGCCACUGAAAAAGAACCCAGUGAGAUAGAACCACCAGCAACUGAUGAAGAACCCAGUGAGAUAGAUCCACCAGCCACUGAUGAAGAACCCAGUGAGAUAGAACCACUUUACCCAAUCACUGAAGAAGAACCCAAUAAGAUAAAACCAGUCUAUCUAGCACCUGAUGAACCAGGGGAGAGACAGCCAGAGUCAGAAAUAGACAGCUCUUUUUCAUCUACAAAACAACUACUGCCCCCAACUACAGCUAAUACAGCAGCUAUCACUGCUUCAGCCAUCACCUCCUCUACAGUCAUCACCUUUAUUAGAAGAACUACCACUAUAACUAUUCCUACAACUACUACCACUAUUCCUACAACUACUGCUACUAUUCCUACAACUACUGCUACUAUUCCUACAACUACUGCUACUAUUCCUACAACUACUACCACUAUUCCUACAACUACUACCACUAUUCCUACAACUACUGCUACUAUUCCUACAACUACUACCACUAUACCUACAACUACUGCCACUAUUCCUACAACUACUACCACUAUACCUACAACUACUACCACUAUUCCUACAACUACUACCACUAUACCUACAACUACUACCACUAUUCCUACAACUACUACCACUAUACCUACAACUACUACCACUAUUCCUACAACUACUACCACUAUACCUACAACUACUACCACUAUUCCUACAACUAAUACCACUAUUCCUACAACUACUGCUACUAUACCUACAACUACUGCUACUAUUCCUACAACUACUACCACUAUACCUACAACUACUACCACUAUACCUACAACUACUACCACUAUUCCUACAACUACUACCACUAUUCCUACAACUACUACCACUAUUUCUACAACUACUACUACUAUACCUUCAACUACUACCACUAUACCUACAACUACUACCACUAUUCCUACAACUACUACUACUAUACCUACAACUACUACCACUAUUCCUACAACUACUACUACUAUACCUACAACUACUACAACUAUUCCUACAACUACUACCACUAUUCAUACUACAACUACUACUACUAUUCCCACUACUACUACCACUCUUACUAGUACAAUAGUGUGGAGGAACCCAGGAGUAAACUCCAUCCCAGACUCACAUGGUAGUCGCUACCGCCCCGCAUCUUACCCCACCUACUCACAACACUCCAGCAGGCGGCACCCCUAUGUCAUCACUAGGCCUGACCCAGUAAGAACUCCGCUUCAAACACCACCCCCUAUAAAACACACACCCUCUCUACUACACCCUAUCAAGCCCAAACUUCUUCUCCCAGAUAUUUUAGAGAUCACUUCCUCUGUAGUCCCCACCACCAGAGCUCCCUUCAGCUCCCCAAAGACCGCCCCACCCACCACAGACAGUCAGGCUGGACUCAAUCCUGAGUCCACCCUUCCUCAUUCCCCUCCCGCGUCUCCAGCCCAUAGUGUGACUGCCCAACGCCCACCUCAGACCUCCGUCUUGCGUGUCCGGCCCCGUAUCGCUCCCCCUCACAUGCGCCCCAUGUCUGUCCCAGCUGAGAUUGAUGCCCUCCUGCCCUGUGAGGCCAUUGGACAGCCUCCUCCAACAAUCACCUGGACCAAGGUCUCCACAGGAGCUGUGAUGUCACUGGACUACAAGGCAGAGCGUUUCCAGGUCCUACCCAACGGAACCUUUCUCAUCCGGAGCGUGCAGGUCCAGGACCGGGGGACAUAUAUCUGCAGCGCACAGAACUCUGUGGGCCUGGACCGUGCCAUGGUGACCCUGGAAGUCUGGUCCCACCCAAUCCGGAUUCAGCUACCCAACCACAGAGAUGCAACGGUGCACCAGGGGGGUGAGGUGAGGUUAGAGUGUCGGGCUCAGGGGGUGUCGGUUCCUCUGCUGUCCUGGGUGCUACCUGACCUCUCCGUCCUAACCCCUGACCCCAACCCCAACCCUGCCCUUGGAACUCAUCCCCGGGUGUCUAUAUUCCCUAAUGGUACUCUGCGUAUCUUGGUGGCCGGCCCAGCAGACAGAGGACUGUAUCGCUGUGUAGCCUCCAACCUAGCAGGGGCUGGCAGUCUGUCAGUCCGACUCCAUGUGUCCUCUCUUCCUCCAGCCAUCCAGGAGCCCAAAGAGGAGAAGGUAACCCGGCCCGCUGGUUUGCCUCUCUACGCCCAAUGCUCUGCCCGGGGAGCUCCCCCUCCCUCCAUCCGCUGGAGGACACCUGACGGCACCUUUCUCCUCCCCUCUCAAUUCCUCAACGGGAACCUGUUUGUCCUCCCCAAUGCCACCUUGUUGAUACGCAAGCUAGCCACUAAGGACUCUGGGAGCUACGAGUGCCUGGCGACUAAUGCGGUGGGCGGGGAUAAGAGGACGGUGAGGGUGGAGGUGACUGGAGAUGGAGGAGGAGGAGAAGUUUUCUCCAUGGAUAAAAUGACCUUCUCUUCCAUCAACAGUAAAUUUGAUCUUCCCCCCUCCUCCCCCGUCCUUAACCCUCCCCUCCCACCCUCCUCCCCCCUCAGUAAGGCUAGGAUCCUCUCCACCUCUCCAUCCAGUUCUAUAGUCAUAUAUGGUGAAUCUCUGCUCCUUUACUGUUCAGCAACCGGCAACCCAGAGCCUAGAGUGGUCUGGAGGGUACCUGGCAAGAAACUAGUGGAUGCCCGUUACAGUUUUGACAAGAGGAUAAAGGUGCACAGUAAUGGAACGCUGUAUAUCCAGUCCGUGACGGAGAAAGACGGGGGGGACUAUUUAUGUGUCGCGCGAAAUAAGAUGGCUGAUGACUUCCGCCUCCUCCAGGUCACCGUGGCAACAAAGCCUGCUAAGAUUGAGCCAAAGCAGCCAUCAAAUCAGAAGGUGGUAUCGUACGGAGCAGCUCUAAAGGUAGACUGUCUGGCGACCGGCCAGCCCGACCCCGCGGUAAGAUGGAGCCUCCCGGAUGGAACCUCAGUGAAAAGUGUCCUGUUGCAGGUGGAAGAGAGUGGGAGGCGCAGCCGGCGACUGGUGGUUUUUGACAAUGGAACACUGUUCCUCCCCUCGGUGGGGAUGGAGGAGGAGGGGGAGUAUGUUUGCCACGCUGAGAACCAUGGGGGGAGGGACACUAUGAGUGUGAUGGUCAAAGUCCUCGCCUCACCUCCCUCCUUCCCCAGUACCAAAUAUGAGGUCAUCAAGGUGCAACAAGGGGGCGCAGUGGCUCUGAACUGUGGGGCUAAAGGAGAGCCUGUCCCUACGAUCACAUGGCUCUCUCCAAUGAAUCAUGUCCUCCCAGUGGAAGCAUCAGGGCCGGUUGUGGUGCAGCAAGACGGGUCCUUGGUGAUCCAGGGGGCUAGAGGGGCUGACGGAGGAAACUACACCUGCCGAGCCAGCAAUGCUGCUGGGGAGAGGAGCAAGGUGAUGGGGGUGGAGGUGAUGGUGACACCACCCAGCUUCACUCUCAAUGGGGCUGGGGGUGGGAUCAAUGGGGUAGACAGACAGAUAGCUGUUGUUAGUGGUAGUGGACUGAGUGCUGUGAUCUCCAUCAGUCAGUCUGCAGGGAGGGAUCAUAGGGUCAGUGCAGGUAAUUGUGUCAGUAAUAAUGGAGACUGUAACGUAGGGGACCAAAGGGUCUCAGCAGUUAGAGGCCAGACAGUUCUUCUGCCAUGUCCAUCCCAGGGCUUCCCUCUCCCCCGCCUGGCCUGGUUGUUGCCCGGUAUCGGGGUUCUUCCUGUGCCCUACUAUGGCAGCAGACUCACCGUGCACCGCAAUGGAACCCUGGAGCUGAGGGGGGUGAGGGCAAGCGACUCCGGCAUGCUGGUGUGUGUCAAUCGUGGCGAGAGGGGUGAGGCUCGGAUAAUGGUACACCUGGAGGUCUCAGACACAAAGGACACACCUCACUCCAGAGGCCCAGUGACCACCGAGAAACGUUUCUCAGUAGACCCAGUUAGCAAAGAGCAACCUCGCCCAGUAGGCCCAGAACAACCUCAUCCAGUAGUCCCAGUCAGCAGAGAGAAACUUCGCUCAGGAGGCCCAGACAGAGAGGACACACCUCGCCCCAGAGGCCCAGUGACCACAGAGAAAUCUCGCCAGGAGACACCUCGCCCUACAAGCCCAGUCACCAAUGAGAAACCUCACUUAGGAGGCCCAGUCAUCACAGAGAACCCUCUGCCAGGAGUCCCAGUCCAAGGGGGCACACCUCACCCAAGAGGCCCAGUGCCAGAGGCAGGGAGGAGUGUUGUCCUGGAAAGGAAGCCUGUGGUCACCAGCAUAUCAGGCUCUCUGGUCAGCAUCAUCAACGGAGACAAUCUACAGCUACCCUGCCCCCAGACAGACAGCCCCAGUCAGGGUUCCAGCCAGACAGAGUCUCUGACCUGGAAGUUGCCAAGCGGGGUGGUCGUGUCUCGGGGCCAGGCGGCAGGGACGGGUCGGUACUCAGUCCUGGAUGACGGGACUCUGACGGUGCAGCAGGUAUCUGUGUUUGACAGGGGGACCUACUCCUGCCGAUCCACCAAUCAGGACACAUCAUCUAUCCUGACAGUUCCAGUGAUUGUCAUUGCCUACCCCCCUCGCAUCACCAACGGACCCCCUCCCCUCACCUACACCCGUCCUGGUGUUGCCGUUCAGCUAACCUGCUACGUCAUAGCAACCCCCAGAGCGACCAUCACCUGGGAGAUGCCGGACCAAUCCCAGCUCAGGGUCACAGGUCAGGCCCGUCUCUAUGGCAACCGGUACCUGAGUCCUCAGGGUUCCCUGGUGAUCCAGAACCCGACUAGCAGAGACACAGGUUUCUACCGUUGUUCUGCACGGAACGUCAUCGGAACUGACACCAAGGCCUCUUAUCUACAUGUGAUCUAACAGAACACACACAUAAUUUUUGCCCAAAGAAACUGCAAAGUUGAGUGUAGAAGAUACUGUUCAACUAAAGACUGAGGUGUUGAUUAAAGAUUGUUAAUAGAGAUAAAAACAAACACAUGCAUCUUACAGCCAGAGUGUGUUAAAGAUGUACAUGAAAUCAGCAGCUGAGAAGCACCAGCAUCAUCAAUAAAUAAAGUGUCAACACAAACUAUACCAGGCUUUAAGAGCAUCAGCUCUCAAAACACGUCAUGCAAUACAACACAUUCAGCUCUGUAUCACGACCUGUAUGUUUAUGUCAACCUGCCCUAUUUAUCUUGUUGUAUAGUUGUGUACUGUUGAGCAGAGCAAAUGUUUGAUAGUGGUCACAGAACUGCUCCAGUGAUAGUUCUGUGGAGCCUCAGGGGUCUGCAGCUCUCUGUGUUUGCAGCUCUCUGUGUCUGCAGCUCUCUGUGUCUGCAGCUCUCUGUAUCUGCAGCUCUCUGUGUCUGCAGCUCUCUGUGUCUGCAGCUCUCUGUGUCUGCAGCUCUCUGUGUCUGCAGCUCUCUGUGUUUGCAGCUCUCUGUGUCUGCAGCUCUCUGUGUCUGCAGCUCUCUGUAUCUGCAGCUCUCUGUGUCUGCAGCUCUCUGUGUCUGCAGCUCUCUGUAUCCGCAGCUCUCUGUAUCUGCAGCUCUCUGUGUCUGCAGCUCUCUGUGUCUGCAGGUCUCUGUGUCUGCAGCUCUCAAACCCUGCAACCUCGACCACUCUUCCAGUCAUAGGCUAUACAUACGUCCCAGAUCAUGUCAAAUAAACACAACAGUUACCAAGUCUUUGAAGAUGGUAUUUGUAGUAAUUACAUAUGUUUCAUAUAGAGUAGCAUAGAUUUGUGUGGCUCCAGUGUUACAUUUAAGUAUGUGUAAUAUCCAUGUGAAAGCUGAUAUCAUUCAUGUUUUUGUUUCAUUUAAAUUAUUUGUCUGUAAAGACUGUGAUGUAAAGUUGUUAUGUUGUGCCUCUUGUCAUAAAGAGAGAGAUGUACUGUAUAUCUAAUCUCUCAAUAGCCUUUUUAAGUUAUGCUUUAUUUUCAACUGCUUUAUUUGAUAAAUAAAAGAGAAGAGGAAUUCA